AUGCUCGAAGUACGCGACGAGAAAGCCUCCGACCAACCUCUGCCUUCCCCGGUCACAGCGCCCUCACCUCCACGCACGAAGCCAAAGCUCUCCGCGGCCGCCAUCAUUCCUAUCUGGAUUGUUCUCAGCUCGUCCGUCAUUAUAUACAACAACUAUGUGUACAACACGCUGAACUUCAGGUUCCCUGUAUUCAUGGUGACAUGGCACCUAACAUUCGCUGCCAUUGGCACGCGGGUGCUGCAACGCACCACACAUCUCCUUGAUGGCGCAAAGGACGUGCAUGUCUCGAAGGACAUGUUCGUGCGGUCGAUCCUGCCGAUUGGCCUCCUCUUCAGCGGCUCGCUCAUCCUCAGCAACACCACGUAUCUCUACCUCAGCGUCGCGUACAUCCAGAUGCUCAAGGCAUUCACUCCGGUCGCGAUCCUGCUUAUUUCCUGGACAUUCCGCAUUCAAGACCCUAACAAGAGACUCGCAAUGAUCGUGGUCAUGAUCUCGUGCGGCGUUGCACUGGCUUCGCGUGGUGAGCUGCACUUCAACAUCAUAGGCUUCCUCACGCAGACUGCGGCUGUUGCGUUCGAGGCUUCGCGACUGGUGAUGAUUGAGAUCCUUCUCCAUGGGCUCAAGAUGGACCCGCUUGUAUCGCUGCAUUACUAUGCGCCUGUGUGUGCGAUCAUCAACAUGGCUGUGUUGCCGUUCACGGAAGGUCUUGCGCCAUUCUACGAGAUUAUCCGUGUUGGACCGCUCAUCCUGAUCAGCAACGCGGCGAUCGCAUUCUUGUUGAAUGUCGCAGCAGUCUUCCUUGUCGGCGCGGGCAGUGGGCUCGUGCUCACACUUGCUGGAGUCUUCAAGGACAUCUUGCUUAUUACGGGCUCCGUGCUCAUCUUCGGCGCUCCCAUCACGCCCCUCCAGGUGCUCGGCUACUCGAUUGCGCUCGGCGGCCUCAUUCUGUACAAGACCGCUGGCAGCCGAUGAGCUUCCGCUGCGUCUGGAGACCAGCUCCACACUCACGGACUUGACGAUCGGCUCCGAGGAACCCUAUUUGUCUUGCGUACACUAUUGCCUCUCAUGGCUUAUCAGUAUUCAAUCUUCUAUGUGAUAUUUUGGACAUACGUGCAUACAUUCAUCUAGUUGUAGCCUUGUCUACCUCACCCCUUCGCUGGGCGGGUGGAUGAGACCCCGGAUCCCUAGACGUCCGUCGUGGUGCUGGUCAUCGACCCUCUGUCUCAUUCUCGUACAUAACUCGCGUUGGCCCCGACGUCGUGUAGACUGCCUGACGGAUGUAUUAUGCUGUUUCGGAUUGAAUAAAUGGAGGAACAGGCUGCCUAGAC